AUGGAGUAUACAAAGGAAAAGAAAGUUGGUGAAGGUACUUAUGCUGUUGUCUACUUAGGCACAAAGCAGUCUACUGCUAGAAGGAUCGCCAUCAAGGAGAUCAAGACGUCAGAAUUUAAGGAUGGGCUUGACAUGUCAGCCAUCAGAGAGGUGAAAUACUUACAAGAGAUGCAACAUCAAAACGUUAUUGAACUGGUUGACAUAUUUAUGGCAUCUGAGAACUUGAACUUAGUGUUAGAAUUUUUACCGUCAGAUUUGGAAAUGAUCAUCAAGGAUAAAUCUAUUUUGUUCACACCGGCAGAUAUUAAAUCGUGGAUGCUUAUGACUCUGAGAGGUGUACACCAUUGUCAUAGAAAUUUCAUACUGCAUAGGGAUUUAAAACCCAACAAUUUACUUAUAGCCCCGGAUGGCCAAAUAAAAGUAGCAGAUUUUGGGCUGGCGAGAACUAUGCCCUUAGCACAUGAAAUCUUGACCAGUAAUGUGGUCACCCGUUGGUAUAGAGCGCCAGAACUUUUAUUUGGAGCCAAACAUUACACCUCAGCUAUAGAUCUAUGGUCUGUUGGUGUUAUAUUCGCAGAACUCAUGUUGAGAAUUCCCUAUUUGCCAGGUGCAAAUGAUGUUGAUCAAAUGGAGAUUACUUUUAGAGCAUUGGGUACACCUACUGAUAGGGAGUGGCCAGAGGUUUCCACUUUUCCUUCAUAUAACAAAUUACAGAUUUAUCCACCACCUUCAAGAGAAGAAUUAAGAAGGCGGUUUAUUGCCGCUAGUGAAAAUGCUCUUAAUCUGAUGUGUGGAAUGCUCACCAUGAACCCGCAGAAAAGGUGGGAUGCUGUACAAUGUUUAGAAUCUGCCUAUUUCAGAGAGGCCCCAGCCCCUACGGAACCAUCUGCCAUCAAAAUGUGA